AUGGUCACACCUUGCAUUGGCGCGCUUUGCCCUCAGGCUGGCCCCAACGCUGCUGCCAACGGACCUGCUUAUAACGAGGCAGCUGUUAACGAGUCCGGAGAGCCUGCCGCUGAGCAUGGCACUGACGAUUUGCGCGCGUGCGAGCAUAAGCGUGCACAAACGCGGGCGGAUGGGGGGAAUGAGCGCAUGCAAGCGCAUCAGCUUGUGGCGAGUACAAAGUGUACCUGUGGGCAUGAGCUUGUGCGUGGCUGUAAGGUUGCUGCAGGGACGCAGAGUGUUGAAGGGGAGGGCGCACAAGGGGAGGGCGCAAAUGGGGGGAGCUGCGGUGGCUGUGGUGAGCAGGCGGAUGUGUUGGCGGAGCUACUGGGGGGAGGCCUGGGGAAACUGAGCGCAGGGGAAGUGGGGGAGGCGGGGACGAAGAGAGAGCGGGAGAUUGCUGGGAGGGGUGGAGAAGGGGACGGGAAGGGGGAAAGCGAGAAGGGGAGGGGCAUGGGGAAUGCGGUCAGUCUGGCUUGUGGGAUUGGGGGAGGGGGUAUUGUUCCAGGGGUUGGGGGCAAGGGUAAUGUGGUUGGGAAGGAUGAGGAGAGGCUAGGGAAGAGGAGCGAAGAAGGGAAGGGAGGGGGAGAGAAGAAAGGGGGCGCAAAGGGGAAGGGUGGCAGAGAAGGGAAUGGAGGUGCAGAGGGGAUGGGGGGCGGAGUGCACGAGAGGGUGGAUAGUCCGAGGGGGGAUGUGAAGAGGAGGGAGGUGCGGUGGAAGGGUAGGGGUGUGGGCGUGGGGGGGACGAGUUCUGCGAGUAGGGUGAGGGGCGGCGAGGCGAGUGAGGGGAGGAGUGUGGGCGUGAACUUGUAUGAAAGGGCAACCGCAGCUGACUUUGUCAACAGGAAGCAGAUCGGCUCUGGACGGAAUGCAGUCGUGUAUGCGGCCUCGUACGCUAUAACGGGUCGCAAGGUGGCUGUUAAGGCGUACGUCAAGUCAGCUCUAAGUGCCCUGGACCGGCACAGGAUCAACCGAGAGGUGGCACUGCUAAUGACUCUUAACCACGAGCACAUCAUUCAGUGGCUGGGUCACUUCGAGGACGCCCAGUGCGUGUACAUAGUGCAGGAGUGGGCGUCAGGGGGCGACCUGUUUGAAGAGCUGAGGGCGAGUGGGGGGCACAUGGGAGAGGCGCGCACAGCCAAGCACAUCCUGCUGCCGCUGAUCGCAGCACUGCACCACAUGCACACCAGAGGAGUGGUGCACCGAGACUUGAAACCGGAGAACUUGCUGUUGACAUUCCAUGGCACUCUCAAGGUGUGUGACUUCGGUCUUGCCAUCAACAUGAAAGAAGAGCGCCCUGCCAGCCGCCUGGGCACCCUUCAGUACAUGGCGCCUGAGGUGGUGCAGAUGGCACGAGGGCAGCGCGGGCGAGGGGGGCAGGGCGGGAGGGGCAAGGGGGAGGAGAAGAGAGGCGGGGCGGAGAUACCAAAGGGGACGGCAGCAGCAGGGCAGGGGCAGGUGGUGGGUGGUGCGGGUGCUGUCAGUGGUAUGGAGGGAAAAAAUGGCACUUCUCCGAUGCUUGAGGGGGCGUAUGAUGAGAAGGUGGACAUAUGGGCAUGUGGAGUGCUAGUAUACGAGCUGGUGAUGGGCCAUCCACCCUUUGAGGGCACAUCAGACAUGCACACAGCAACCAACAUCAUGCACUGCGAGCUCGUUCCCGAUGCUCUGCCCCAUGGGAUGUCACCUGCAUGCAAGGAUUUUAUCUGCAAGGUGCUUUGCAAGAACCCCUCCAAUCGCCCCUCAUUGCUACAAAUGCUCGACCACCCCUUUGUGUCAGGGCACUGCCGGGGUCGGCCGCUUUAUAAGGAGGUGCGGGAGGACCCCCUAGGGGAGGAGCAGCUUCAGGAGAAAAUUCAGGGGCUGUGGGAGAAGCAGAUGUAA